AUGGCCACCAGCGACUCUCACCCAGAGUGUCACCCAGCCUCAACUCUCCAUGGCCAACCCCUCUCCAAGAGCUCCUCCAACCUCCUGGGUGAAAGACCAGGCAAUGGGCAGGAGCUCCGGAAGAGUGUCAGUAGCACCGUCUGCCAGAGUCCCACUGAGGAGGGUGACCCCAUCCAGCUGGCUGGCGCAAGUGGAAGAGACGUAGAAAGCACCCUGGGAGCAGCAGGCCAUGGCUCGUGCCCAGAGCCGGCGCCCUCCCCCUGGCAGGAGAAGAGCUCGGUGUUCCGCUCUAAGAGCAGCACUGUUGGAAACGUGUACUUCAUGGGGGAGAGUGAGCCGUCCCCCUCGAGCUUGGCAGUGCCGGGGGUUGUGGUACAGCGAAGUCAUUCUGAUUUAGCGUCGGGCUGUAGGCAUCUCAGCCUCAAUGUGCCCAUGGAAGCUAGCGUCAGCUGUUCUGCUCUGGGCUCCUCACCAAGGGGAAGAAGCAGCCUCGUGCCAAGGAAUGUGUUGAUCCAGAGGCCUGGCAUGGGACACCAUGACAGUGUGGACCCAGAUAGAGAGCCUCCUCAUCCUGACCCUCAGGGUUCGGCUGGCAAUAUAGAAGGUGAUCCAGUGUCACAGGGCGCUGAGGCUGGGAGAGAUGCUGUCGUUACUUUGCCCGGCCCGGGGGGAGAGGUCCAGAUAGCUGGUGACCAUAGUGGGGGUGACUCGAUUCCAGAUCCAGGGAGCAGGACCCAAGGUAGUAUCCUACCGUGCUCUGUGCCCACGGCUCCUGGGUACAUGCAUCCCCCAUCUUCUCCCUACUGUCCUAGACAAGCAGAAACUUCUGCAAAGACCAGUGACACCCACUCUGCCUACUGCCACCCCCUGCCCAUCCCAGCCCUCCAGGUUGGCCCUGGGAUGCUGUGCCCCAUGAAUGAAAUGGGCGUCCCUGGAUGCUGCCACGUCCUAUCCACGUCAGAGAUUCUGACGUUUCCCAAGCUGGUAUCAUCCGUGAGUGAAUCUGGCCUCCAUAACCAGCACUUGGUUAGAUAUCGCAGACUGGCAGAGGAGGCCCCCGUUUGCAUUCAUUGUUAUGCCCCGACCAAGUGCCCACAGCAGGAAUCCGCAGCGGGUUCUACGCUCCUGGCAAGCCAGCCGGCGUCAGACCCGAUCACCAAGACCAAAGAUGUGUCGACCAUGACCUCCACUGGCGACUUGGCUCUGGGACCAUCAGCCUCUUUGCAUUGCAGGGACGCUGAGGUCCAGACGGCUCCCUCCACGGCCUGCAAGGCUGUGGCCACCAGCCCACCCCCUCUCACCGAUCAGGUGCCCCCCCACGUGUUCCCAGAGGUGAACCUAGAGGUCAGCAGGGAGGAGCCCAAAUCCCCCGUACGAGAGGUCAGAUGGGACGAAGAGGGGAUGACGUGGGAGGUGUACGGAGCUUCCGUGGAUCCUGAGGUCCUGGGCUUGGCCAUCCAGAAACAUCUGGAGAUUCAGAUCGAACAGUUCCAGACGGUUCCCUCAAAAGAGGGCACCCAACCAGGUGGUGAGGAGGCCCUGAUCAAGGAGGGAAAGAGAAGGCCAUUUCGAACCAUGAUCCAGUCCCUGAGACGUCCUAGCUGCUGUGUCCACUCGAGCACAGCUGUAGAAUAA